CGUGUACAUCGUAACGUACCGAUGAAACAAACUUCUAAUCCAGCUCGAUUAAUCAGUGGUCACUCGACAACUCUCAGCAGUAACUGUCUCCAGAAGCAAGUCGUUUAAAUCACUGGUCCUUAGAUUUUUGACCGGUCCAAAGCACAACUCAAGAUGAGCAAUAACAACAGCAUUCUUUACCUGUUCGAUCGACCGGCUGAGCCGGCCUACGUCCCUAAGGGCGAGAAGAAGGUCGCCUUCGACGUUCCGCCUAAUUACUUGCCGGAAAGAUAUCGCAACGUGGCUGUUGACGUGAUUAACCGUUUUGCGGAUACCACGGACUCAAAAAUUCCCAUCCGUCAGAUCACUCUUCCGGAUCUCAGUAUCCCUCUGAGAUUGGGGCGACGUGAACCAUUCUCGCUUUUCAUUCCGUCCCAUCGCAAAAUGGCCGCAAGGUUGAUCGAAAUUUUCAUGGGCAUGCGAACCUACGAUGAUUUCUUGUCAGCCUCGGUCUACUGCAGAGACCGAGUGAACACCAACAUGUUCAUCUACGCUCUCUCCGUCGCGAUUCUUCAUCGGCCUGAUACCAAGAACUUGCCAAUUCCACCGUUGUCCGAAGUCUUUCCAGAGAAAUUUAUGGAUGGCGGUGUCUUCUCGCGUGCCAAGGAAGAAGCUAAUUUGGUCCCAGCUGGCUCUCGUCAACCUAUCGUUAUCCCGAAAGAUUACACUGCCUCUGAUCUUGACGAGGAACACCGAGUCGCCUACUUCAGGGAAGACUUGGGAAUCAAUCUUCACCACUGGCAUUGGCAUCUCGUUUACCCUUUCGAAGCUGCGAGAGAAAUUGUCAACAAGGAUAGACGUGGUGAACUGUUUUACUACAUGCACGAGCAGAUUAUGGCUCGGUACAACUUGGAGCGUUUUUGCAACAAUCUGCCACGUGUAAAACGCCUGAACAACUGGCAGGAGCCAAUCCCGGAAGGCUACUUCCCGAAGUUGGACUCCCUCGUGGCGAGCAGGACUUGGCCAUCCCGAACCGCGGGAGCGACCCUGAAAGACAUUAAUAGACCAGUGGAUCAAAUCAAAUUGGAUAUCCAACUCUUAAUGCAAUGGAGGGACCGCAUAUUCAAUGCUAUCCAUGAGGGAGCCGUCAAGGACACCAACGAUAAACGAAUUGAAUUGACCGAAAGCGAGGGUAUAAACAUCCUGGGUAACAUAGUCGAGGCCAGUAUCCUGUCGCCGAACCGAAAUCUCUACGGUGAUAUGCACAACAUGGGACACGUCGCUAUUUCCUUCUGCCACGAUCCGGACCAUCGCUACCUGGAAAGCUUCGGUGUGAUGGGAGACUCAUCGACCGCUAUGCGAGACCCAGUUUUCUACAGAUGGCACGCGUUCGUCGAUGACAUUUUCCAGGAGCACAAGAAUACCUUGCCUCCAUACACUACGCAACAGAUUGACUACCAAGGUGUUCAAAUCACCGACGUCCAAGUCGUCACUCCCAACCAACCAACCAACGUAUUUUCAACUUUCUGGCAACAAAGUGACGUGGAUCUGUCUCGUGGACUUGAUUUUACCCCACGUGGUCCUAUCUUGAGUCGUUUCACUCACCUGAACCACGCGCCAUUCAAUUACCGCAUGGCAGUCAACAACCAGAGCAGUGCCAGGAUGGGUACCGUGCGCAUCUUCAUGGCUCCGGACAAGGAUGAACGCGGACUCCCCUUUACUUUCCGUGAGCAGAGACUCCUGAUGAUUGAGCUGGACAAGUUCACCGUCAAUCUACGCCCUGGAAACAACAUCAUUGAGCGUCGAUCCGACGAGUCUUCUGUGACCAUUCCAUUCGAGCGGACUUUCCGUAAUCUCGAUGAAAACAGGCCAGUUGGCGGUGACAGUUUGGCGCAGUUCAAUUUCUGCGGGUGUGGUUGGCCUCAGCACAUGCUGAUCGGCAAAGGAUCGAGGGAAGGAUUCCCCGUCACUUUAUUCGUCAUGGUGUCGGACAUUAACGGUGAUAGGAUCACUCAAAACACAGAGACUGGGUGCAACGACGCUGCCAGUUACUGUGGCAUCAAGGACAGACUAUACCCUGACAAACGUUCGAUGGGCUAUCCCUUCGAUCGUCCUCCAAGAAACGGAGUUGACACCUUGCAACAGUUCCUAACCGGUAAUAUGCGAUUGACGAGUUGCACUAUUCGCUUCAACGACACUACGGUACCUCCGAGAAAUUCCGGCGCUGAUAGCAACAGCCUCACAUUCUCGUAAGGUACUGCUGCUCAAACCCUUCACCGACGUAUCGGUUUAACUUCAUCGUUUGAAAAUGUGUCAAGUCCUAUUCUUCCGAUUUCAUUUUCAUUUCUUCAAUAACAAGAUUUCGAUGAAAGUUUCUCAUUUUCAAAUGACGAUUUUACCACGAAGACACGGAUUUCUACAAGGCUUUCGAAUUAUACAAUUAAUCACUACAUAUACUAUAAAUGGUGUGUAAUUUUGUUGACGACCGCUUGGAAAAUGGAUAUUCUAUUGUAUAAAUAACGCUAGAUUGCAUAAGUUAAACAUGAUAUUGAGUAUACAAACAUUAAAAUAAAACUGUAUGGGUGCAUAAGUGAGAUUUCCACAUUGUGUACCAUUUCGUAAGUCAGUAUAGUCGACAAUUGUAUUGUAAUCAGCAGACUCAUACGAAUGAACAUGAAUAAAAAUUCUACGGUAUUCUAUUAA